AUGCAGGGUCGUUUGUCUGCUUGGCUAGUCAAGUAUGGGCUAAUUCAUAGAUUUUUGGGCUUUGAUUACCAAGGAAUAGAGACUUUACAAAUAAAACCCGAGGAUUGGCCUUCCAUUGCUGUCAUUUUAUAUGUAUAUGGUUACAAUUAUCUACGCUCCCAAUGUGCCUAUGAUGUAGCACCAGGCGGACUCUUAGCUAGUGUGUAUCAUCUUACGAGAAUAGGGUAUGGUGUGGAUCAACCAGAAGAG